AUGUCCAGUAAAGAGGCUACUGCAGACAAAGAGUUUCACCGAAAAAGUUCUAGUCUACGUCAAAUGAAAAAUCUUACUGGUAAACAACCUUACAAAUGUGAUGAAUGUUGUAAAGAAUUUAGUAGCAAAGGCAAUUAUAAUAUACACAAGAAAAUCCAUACUGGCGAAAAACCUUACAAAUGUGAUGUAUGUGAUAAGGAAUUUGGUCAGAAAGCCAACUAUAAUGAACACAUGAGAAUUCAUACUGGGGAAAAACAUUUUAAAUGUGUGUUUUGUGAUCAAGAGUUUCACCGAGAAAGCGCCUGUCGAAUUCACAUGAGAAAGCAUACUGGUGAACAACCUUACAGAUGUGAUGUUUGUGGAAAACAGUUUCGCAGAAAAAGUAAUUGUCUAACUCACAUGAGAACACAUACUGGCGAAAAAGCUUACCAAUGUGAUAUUUGUGAAAAAAAGUUUGGCAAAAAAGAUAGUUGUCUAAUUCACAUGAGAACACAUACUGGUGAAAAACCUUACAAAUGUGAUGAAUGUGGUAAAGAAUUUAGUGCCAAGAGCAACUAUAAUGUACACAUGAAAAAACAUACUGGCGAAAAACCUUACGCAUGUUAUAUUUGUGAAAAAGAAUUUGGCCAAAGCAGUUCUUGUCGUACACACAUGAUAACACAUACUGGCGAAAAACCUUACAGAUGUGAUGUAUGUGGUAAAGCAUUUGGUCACAAAAGCAAUCGCAAUAAACACAUGAAAAUCCAUACUUGGAAAGAUAAGAUGUGA